GCCACAACCACCCCCAUGAAGACAUAUCAUCUUGAUCGUUCCCUGAAGGCCCGGGGAGCCUGUUUGUGAUCUGCAGGACGUCCCUUGGUGGAUUUCACAAUCGCUCUCAUCGUUGCAACGCCACGCAAUCCGAGACUCAGAUAUGUCAAACCGCCGGUCACGUUUCGGUUGCUGGCGCUGUAGAAAAGCCAGCAGGAAAUGCGACGAACGCAGACCUGUCUGUAAUCGAUGCUCAAGACUGUCUAUCCAGUGCGAAUACCGACCUCGUCUAGUUUGGACGGAACCAAAACGCUCAAUUAGCGGAACAGUGGUGGCAGGUUCUCCCCAAAACAACAUAGCAGGGAGGAAGACGAGCAACAGUUCGAGGGAACCAGAAACUCAGCUAGGGAAAACUGGAGGUAGAACUCCAAAAUCCCCCAGCCAAACAAACGAGGAAAUGUCGCCAGAAGAAAUGCUCAGCAGGUAUUCCUCAGAGACCAUGCUCCGCUCCACAUCACCGUGUCGAGAAAUUUGCAACUUUCACGAUUCCGAAACGGAGCAGAUGCCUUACCAAAUCGAAGAUGCAGUUUCAAGUUCGGCAGGGUCCAUGCGAACUGCCUCUACACUGAGCUUAGGUCCCAACCUGUCAUCCUGGAAGACCGUGGUACAAUUGGAUGCUGACGACCUGUUCACAUUUCACGAAUUCCUCAAUCAUGGACAACGUGGUCUCCACUUCUCCAGCCUGCCCAAUAAUCCCCUCAUUGAUGACUUGUUGUUGAUGUGCCAGCGAUCCCUGGCGGCCACCGCCACCGUACUCUCAUUUCAAGCUUGUCAAUAUAACGAUCAGAAAAGUCUGGUAAAGUUCGAUAAGGCGGUUAGUCUCUACCGCGAGGCUCUUCCUUGGGAGGAUGCGGAUUGUACCUCUAUGAUGGGGGCUUUGAUCUGCUCCGCUGCGAUGCAUCUAGGGUACAGCUGGACACGCUAUCUCUCCGAUUUGUUGCGCCUCAUCGGGCGAGCAGGCUUCACCACUAGGAGACAUGGGUAUCAGAAUGCGUCUCCAGUGGUGGCUCGCGACCAUGGACUUUGAUGCUUGGAUUAUUGGGAGACAAACUGAGCCCAGUCACAUCUGGUACAAGUGGUGUACUGGGGGAUCUGGUGUUGAACGCAUCACAUGUCUGCCGCGUUCGCUGCUGGAUCUGAUUGCAGCGGCCUCUAUGCACAUCGAUUGCUCCGACCAGCUCAGAGAAUGGUUAUCGAAAACAAGCUCAUGGACCUCAUCCCCUGCACAGUAUCACAUUUGGCAAGCAUAUGCCAUUGCGACCUUGUUCUUCUUGCACUUGCAUCA